AUGAGAACUUACCAUUGCUUCUGGCUGCUGUUUUGGGCUGGUCAGACCCACCAAAGUUUCUUAACUCCAUUAUCCAAAAGGACUAGUGGCUUUCCAGAAAAGGAAAAGGUUUUGGUGUUGUCUGGAAACAGCAGGCAAGACCUCCAUCGUUCCAAAAGGAGCUGGAUGUGGAAUCAGUUCUUUUUAUUGGAGGAAUACACAGGAACUGACUACCAGUAUGUUGGCAAGCUGCAUUCAGACCAGGAUAAAGGAGAUGGAUCACUUAAAUACAUCCUUUCUGGAGAUGGAGCAGGAGACCUCUUCAUUAUCAAUGAAAACACUGGUGACAUCCAGGCCACAAAGAGACUAGACAGGGAAGAAAAGCCUGUAUACAUACUCCGUGCCCAGGCUAUAAACAGAAGGACUGGAAGACCAGUGGAACCAGAAUCUGAGUUCAUCAUUAAGAUCCAUGAUAUCAAUGACAAUGAGCCAAUGUUCACAAAGGACGUUUACAAUGCCAGCAUUCCUGAAAUGUCAGAUGUUGGUACCUUUGUUGUGCAAGUCACUGCAACUGAUGCCGAUGAUCCUACAUAUGGGAACAGUGCUAAAGUUGUCUACAGCAUUCUCCAGGGACAACCAUAUUUCUCCGUCGAAUCUGAGACAGGCAUUAUUAAAACUGCUUUACUGAACAUGGACCGUGAAAACAGGGAGCAAUACCAAGUGGUCAUCCAGGCUAAAGACAUGGGAGGCCAGAUGGGCGGAUUAUCAGGAACCACCACCGUGAACAUCACACUGACUGACGUCAAUGACAAUCCACCUCGCUUCCCCCAGAGCACAUACCAGUUCAGAGCUCCCGAGUCAACGCCACUCGACUCCCCGGUUGGCAGGAUAAAAGCUAAUGAUGCUGACGUGGAUGAAAAUGCAGAGAUUGAAUACAGCAUCACUGAGGGGGACGGAUACGAUAUGUUUGGAAUUACCACAGACAAGGACACACAGGAAGGAAUUAUAACUGUGAAAAAGGCACUGGAUUUCGAAAGCAAAAACUUGUAUAUUCUCAAAGUGGAAGCUACCAACACUCAUGUGGACCCUCGAUUCCUGUACCUGGGGCCAUUCAAGGACUCAGCUACAGUCAGAAUUCAGGUGGAGGAUGUAGAUGAACCCCCCAUGUUCAGCAGACCAGCAUACAUAAUGGAAGUGAAAGAAGAUGUUCCAUUAAACAGUGUAAUAGGAACAGUAACUGCUCAGGAUCCAGAUGCUGCCAAGAAUCCUGUCAAGUACUCUGUAGAUCGUCACACUGAUAUGGACAGAGUAUUCAACAUCAAUUCAGGAAAUGGUUCGAUAUUCACUUCCAAACCCCUUGACCGGGAAACACUGCUGUGGCACAACAUUACAGUAAUAGCAGCAGAGAUCAACAACCCCAAACAAAGCAGCCGUGUCCCUGUGUUCAUUAAGGUCUUGGAUGUAAAUGACAACGCUCCAGAGUUUGCCAUGUUUUACGAGACUUUCGUCUGCGAAAACGCAAAGGCAGAACAGCUGAUACAAACAUUAAGUGCUGUUGAUAAAGAUGACUCUUACAAUGGACAUCAGUUUUCAUUCUCCUUAGCUCCCGAGGCAGCCAGCAGCUCAAACUUUACACUACAGGACAACAGAGACAACACAGCAGGGAUUUUCACUCGAAAAACCAGAUAUAACCGGCAUGAAACAAGUACCUACUUCCUGCCAGUGGUAAUAUCAGACAAUGAUUACCCCAUCCAGAGCAGCACUGAAACAGUGACCAUUCGAGUGUGUGCUUGUGACCAUCGAGGGAAGAUGCUGUCCUGUAAUGCAGAAGCCUUGAUUCAUCCUACUGGUCUUAGCACUGGCGCUCUCAUUGCCAUUCUUCUCUGCAUCAUUAUAUUACUUGUUACUGUGGUGCUGUUUGCAGCACUGAGACGGCAGCGGAAAAAAGAGCCUUUGAUAAUUUCCAAAGAAGACAUCAGAGACAACAUUGUCAGUUAUAACGAUGAAGGUGGCGGAGAGGAAGACACCCAGGCAUUUGAUAUUGGCACGCUGAGGAAUCCCGAAGCCAUAGAUGAUAAUAAAUUACGCAGAGACAUUGUGCCAGAAACGCUUUUUCUGCCGCGGCGGACUGCAGCGGCGCGAGAUAACACGGAUGUCAGAGAUUUCAUUAACCAAAGGUUAAAGGAAAAUGAUACAGAUCCAACAGCACCCCCGUAUGACUCAUUAGCAACCUACGCGUACGAAGGUAAUGGUUCUGUGGCCGAGUCCCUCAGCUCCUUGGAGUCAGUGACUACGGACGGAGAUCAGGACUACGAUUACCUCAGUGACUGGGGACCUCGGUUUAAAAAGCUGGCAGAUAUGUAUGGCUCAAUGGACAGUGACAAAGACUCUUAAUAUGUUGUAUUCGGGUUUUUUUUCUCUUUUUUCUGUUCCUCAUUCCCAGAAACAGCAUUGGGAUAUGUGAAGUGGCUAUUUCUUUCUGUUUCUCCACAGCUGUUUGAAAGGGUUCUCUAUUCUACCCAUUUGAAUUGUCUAAUGACUGCAGUCUGUGUGGGUUAGCCAUCAGUAAACUUUCUCUAGUAUCAUUUUA